AUGGGCCAAAUGCCAGUUGGUGUCCGUUGGUCAGCAUGCAUAUGGUGGAAGAGACUGGCUUUGGGCUCCUGUGAAUCAGGCACCCUAGCGUCCUCCAAAGUUCUUCCCGAUGCUGAACCCCAAUGCCUCUUGCUGCGCCUAAUUCGAAGCGGCUCCCUCUUCUGUUCUAAGCAGAAAACAGCGGAACCCAUUCCCGGAGGCCUGCCCUGGAGCCGCCAACCCAGUCUUACUCCUUUUUUCUCCUGGGGUCUCCCGACGCUCGGGCACCGCGCUGGAGCUGGAGCUGGAGCUGGGGCUGGAGCUGGGGCGGGCAGGCGCGCGCGCAGGAGCCGGCGCAGGGGCGGUCGGCAGAGGGCGCUGCGACUCCCGGCUGAGGGGCUGCGACGCGGGGCGCAGAGUGCGGGCCGGGAGGAGGCGCCCGGGUCUCGGCGAGUGCGUCUCCAGGCGGCCAGGAGGGGGUGCGCGUAUCAGCUGCCCCGCGCCGCCUACCGCUCGGGCCCGCUCGCCGCCUGGCCGCUGUCAGCGCGGACGGCACCUCGCGGGCGAGGCGCGCGCGGCGCGCUGCGAAGGUUGGGCUGGGCGGCCGCCAGCCCCGCGGCUUCUCUUUGUCCAGGCGAGGCGGCCAGAGGACCAGCCGCGGCCGCGGUUGAGCCGGGAGCGCCUGGGCGUCGCGCGGGCGGCUCCAGUCCCCGGCUGCGCCCCGGCGCUCGAGCGGGGGCGGCGGCCUGGGCGGUGCCUGCGCCGAGGUUUCCACAGCUGGAUUGUUUACUAGGGCCCAUUGUCACCAAUGGCAGUAAAACUCAUUUUCUGGCGAGCAGGGGUGGGAAUUUUCCUCAGCUUCUCAUUAUUACGUUCUUCGUGGCAGUCAAAUUGGAGACAAGCUAUAGAAGACACAAAUCCCCAGCUAAUCUGUUUCCAAAAGGUAUGGACUUAAAAAUAGUGUGCAUUUGUGUUGGUUAAUUUUGUUGUACUUUGUUAUUCAGAGAAGAUGAUGUUAAUACCAAAUGAGUAAUAAAAAAUCAAUUAAAAUCCUUUAGGGAAAUUAAAGUGCUGACAAAUUCAUAAUAGCUUUUCUGUUGUUAAAUCAGAUUGACAUGGAUUAACAAUUGGUGGUGGACAGAAAUUUGCUGAAUUUACUGAAGUAUAUUCCCAUUAAAAUGACAGCUGUGUCUAAGAGCCUGCACCAGGGCAUUUAGUUCCAGGACCCGAGUGUGAAGGAGAGAGCUAAUCAAAUAAGACAAGUUGUACUUAAUUUUAAUUAAGUAAAUUCCCCGUCACGUUUUAAUCACAUAAACUCAGUCAUGGGUACUGCAGGAGCAAGAGGCCAGCCAUUUUAUUGUCUAACUCUGAUUGCUUUUUCAAACUUAUUUAUUAAAAAAAAAUGUACAGGCUUAAUUUUGGUAGUUGAUUGUGCAUUCUGAAUUCAUCUCUUUAUUGAGAGUAGUUUGUCAAUCAUCUUUUCAUUAUUAGAAAAAAUUUCCCACAAAUCCCCACAAAUCAUUUUUAUAAAAAUAUAUUUAAAAUUAUAUAAUACAAUUUGCUAUGUAAAAUGUAAUUUCAUGCAAGGGACUUAUGUCAGUGAAGUUGUUUAGUUGCUGAAAUAAUAAUAGUUUAAAAAUAUGAAUUUUGAAGACCAUUAAAACCUUUUUAUUUUGAUGUGUGUUUGUUCUUGGAUUUUUCUUGGUCAGUGUGGGCGUAAAUGGGAUUCUCAUCUUUGUUAGUUUGUUUGAUUCUUGCUUCCCUAGGGAGUCAGGUGCAGAAGGGUAGCACAGCAUCAAGAUUUUGUUACGCUUGUGGAAUAUAACCAGGUGCUAUAGCAUUUAUAGUAAUCAGAUUUUCUUCUACCUAUAUGUACAGUGUGUAUAGCCUAAAAUUAUUUUUUGGUUGAUGUAAAUAGAAACAAAAUUUAUGAAUUUUGCAGCAGCCUAUGAAAUUUGAUUCAAUAAACAGCUUUUAUUUAUUGCUGUUUGCAAAAUGCUGUGCUCAGCACAAGAAAGAUACAAAAAUAGCUUGUAUUUCCAGCGCUUUGGGGGUUUGAGGUGGAAGGAUCAUUUGAGGUGGAAGGAUCAUAUGAGGUCAGGAGUUUGAGACCACCCUGGGCAACA